AUGCAAACACCUCAACUCAUUAUUCAUUUUCUUAUAGCAGCGACACAAUUGCUUGCUGGGGUCUUCGCAAAUGGCUUCAUUGUGCUGGUGAACAUCAUGAACCUGAUCAAACAGAGAAAAAUGGCUCCUUUGGAUCUGCUUAUUUCCUGCUUGGCGACUUCGAGGAUUUGUCUGCAGGUGAUCAUCUUCUUCGUAUAUCUUGUUCUUCACUUCUUCACUAAACAGUUGGCACUUGUUGAGAAUUUCAUAAUUCUCACAUUUGUAAAUAGUUGUGGGCUUUGGUUGGCCACAUGGCUUGGUGUUUUCUACUGCACCAAGAUCGCCACCUUCCCACACCCACUGUUCUUCUGGCUGAAGGUGAGGAUGCCCAAGUUGGUGCCAUGGCUGAUCCUGGGGUCUCUACUAUAUGCAUCUAUUAUUACUGGCAUAUAUGGAAAAUAUGCAUUGACUUUAAUACAAAGAUUCUUGGUACACUUUAGCUCCAAAAAUGCAACUCAAACAAAAGGAAUAGAUAUGACAUCAUUUUCCCUUUUCAUUAUUCAUAUUACAGUGCCAGCAAGUAUCUUCCUCAUUGCUGUUCUGCUCUUGGUUUUCUCCUUGGGUAGACAUACCCAGCAGAUGAGAUCCAUUGCUAGAGGCAUGAGGUACCCCAUCAGGGGUGCCCUUAUGAGGGCCAUGCUGUCAAUCCUGUCAUUUCUAAUCCUCUACUUUUCCCACUACAUGGUUAUCAUUUUGUUCUUUUCUCAAGAUUUUCAGUGUGACAGCUUCCUUAUUCUGUUCUGCAACUUGAUGGCUGGCACUUACCCAUCUAUACAUUCUGUCAUCCUAAUUUUAGGAAACCCUAACCUGAAACAAAAUGCAAAAAAGUUCCUGCUCUGUGGUCAGUGUCAUCAGUGA